AUGAGUUAUGUUGAUUUAAGUGGCUAUAAAAUUCCGAAAAAGGUGUUUGAUGAAAUGAACCCUUUUGAGAGGCAUAAACUUAUGAUGUCUCUCCGUUCAUUAGAAGAAGAGAAAAAAAAGGAAAAUAAAAGUGAGAAAUAUUUAAGUGAUUAUGAUAUUUUAAGGCAAAAAUAUAAUUUCAUACACGAUGUGGACAAUGAAAAGAAUUCUCUCCUUCAAAAUUACUACAAGAGCAUAUGUAAUAAAUAUGUGAUAUGUGACUUGUCAAAAUAUAAAGAGACCAAGAUAGGGUUAAGGUGGAGAACAGAAGAAGAAAUAAUAAAAGGGAAAGGACAUGUAAUUUGUUCAUCUAAAAAAUGUAACAAUACAGAUUUAAACACUUACGAGUUUUUAUUUCAGUAUAUUGAACAAGGAAUAAAAAAAGAAACAAAUGUAAAGGUACGAGCGUGUAUGGAUUGUGCGUAUAAAUUACAUUACAGGAAAAUUAAUAAAUAUUUGAAGAAAAAAGAAAAAGAAAAAAAAAAGAAAAAAAAGAAAAAAAAGAAAAAAAUGAAAAAAAUGAAAAAAUCUGACUUAACCAGUGAAUCGGAUUUAUCUUCGUCGUAUAAUUCGGAGGACCGUUCUCAAUCAAAACGAGAAAAAUCAUACUAUGUUAAGAAAAAGCUCGAAAAAAUUUCCAUAAAAAAGAAAGAAGAAAUGAAUGAAGACAAUUUAUUUUUCCAUGAUUUAUUAUUUUAG